AUGUUGGCAUCCCCACGAAAUUCCCUCCCCCGGGCCCCGAAGGCUGUGACGGAGGCGUGGGCUCCGCAGAACUGCGGGAGGUUCGGCGAGCUACCUGGGGGGCCAGAGGGGACGUCUGUUGCAGCCUCCUCCCUGAGGCCUGCCCGGAGCGGCCGAGCUGGGGGGCCGAAGCCCAGAGGAGCUUCGCGGUCGGUCCCUGGUCCCGCGCCUCCGCGCUUCAGUGUCUGGAAACGCACACCGCACCCUGCCACCCCCGCCCACUUCUCAGACGGGCACCUCGCGGGCGAAGGGCUGCGGUUUGGCCAAGCCCAGAGCCCGGCCGGGCCCCCGGAUGUGGGGGGCGGGGACGGGGGGCAACCCCCGCCCACCGCGAGCCAACCUGAGCCCCGCCCGGGCUCGCCGCGCCGCCCAGCCGCCGCGCGCCGGAGCCGCCCGAGCCCCCUGCCGGCUGCGCCCCGCGCCGCGCGGAUUCCCGGCGGGUCGGCAGCCCCCGCGCAGCCGACGUCCCCGGAGGGCGUCCAGCCAGCCCCCCUCCUCCUCCUCCCGGCCUCGCCCGUUCCUCUUCGUUUCCAGAACUCGGCAGCUUCCGAAGAGGCGCGUUCAACUCCCAGAUCCUCGCCGCCUCCUCUUAGGUGUCACUGGAGGAGAUCGACUGCGUUCAUAGAGUCUGUCUUUCCCAUGACUCAGUUAUGGACCAGUGGAAAGGGCGGAGUUUACGAAGUCGGACGGAACGAAGUUAAUACAACACAAACGGAGGUCUUAACCGUGGAGAUAAUGAAAAGAUAUCAGCUCGUAGGCAGGGAAGGGGGACUGAACGACCCCCCCCUGGGAUGACUGACAGCCUCCAGCCACCUCCCACGGACUCCCUAUCUCCAUCUCCUUGUGCCUGAAGCCCACAGCGAUGCCCUUACGCAGGUGGACAGCAGCGGCUCAGGGGCUGGCGUGGGGUAGGUGCACAGUUCACCGCCAGGUGGCCGAAGGCUCUAGUUCAGAGCCUUACCUUGUUCAGCAGCAACUGUGCACCAACCUACUCAACACCCGCAAUGAAUGACAUUUGAAGCUCAGAACCGUGCCAGACUGAGGGGCGUGCAUGUGAAAUGCAUCUGCGUGGCUCUCUCCUUUAUUUACUGCUUACUACUUGCCAGUCACUGUGCUAAGCACUUGGCAAGUAUAAUGUGGAGGAGAGUUUUGAA